AUGAUUUCAAAGGAAAACGUUUCAUCUGAAUAUAUAGACUUUUCGAUUUCAAAAGAAAAUGAUAUUUUAAGGGAAAAAAUAUUAAUAGACCUGAAUGAUAAGAAUGAUGAUAAUAUAAACAAUGAAAAUAAGAAAAAUAUGAGUAUUAAUCAAAUACAUAAGUUUAUAAAUAAACUAAAAAAUACAAAUGUAACAGAUUUAGAGAAAAGUGAUUUUAAAAAUUUACAAGAUGAUAUAAAAAAUUUAAAUAUAAGUAAAUAUUUAAGUGAGAUUUUAAAUUAUAUUUUUAACUUAACAUAUCACGUUAAUAAAUACUCAGAUAUUUUUCUUCUCAUAAAUAUAAUUAAAUAUAUAAAUAAGAAUUAUAGUAACGUAGAAGAACUUAUUGAAAAUAUAGCAUUCAUGAAAUUUUUUAAGUUGGACGAAAAUGAUAAAAAUUAUUUUUUCAUUAUAUUCCAUGAUUUAUAUAAUAAUAUUCAUGAAGAUAAUAUUAUAAGUAAAAAUAUAAAAGUAGAAAAUUCUCCCAAUGAUAAAGAUACAAAUAAAGAAAAAUUGUCACAUUUAGUUGAUAUUAAUAAUGCAGAAAAAAAUUAUAAUAAUAUUAAUAAAGAAAGUGAAGAAAUAAAUAGUAUGAAAAAUCUAAAAGAAUUAAAAGAUAAUCUCUUUAAGAAAUUAAAUUCUUAUAUUUGUAAAGAUAAUCAAGAAAAUGAUAAUUAUUUAUUUGAAUAUGAUCUUUUUGCUAGUGAUAAAAAUAUAAAGUUUCAAAAAAAAAAUUCUUUUGAUAAAAAAGCUUAUAUGACAGAAAUUCUUAAUGAUAAUAAUCUUAUGAAAAAAAUAGAAAAGAAAAAUAAAUUAAGAAAAACAUUGCUAUGUAUGUAUUUCGAAUUAAUUUUAUUUAAUAUAUGUAAAAAUAAAGAAUUAUUACUAUAUAUGUUUUUAAACAUAACUUUUUUUUUUACAUUAAAAUUUGACUUUCACAUUUCUGAUAAAGAUAAAAUAAAUAACAAUGAAAAAAAAGAGUUAAAUUACUCCAAUUAUUCCGAUAUAUUAUCAAGUAUAAAAAAAUAUUUAAUUGUGAAUACAGUCAUUACCUAUGAUUACUUUUUUACAAAUUCUAAUACAUUACUUAUAGAUAAAAAUUUAAAAGAAAAUUCUGAAAGUGUAAAUAAUAGAGAAAGUAUAAAUAAAGAGGAAAAGGAUAUUAUGCAAUGUGUUAAUAAUAACAAUAGCAUAAUAAGUUCAUGCGUAAAAUAUAUAAAUGACAUAAAAGAUAAUGUUAUGAAAUUUUUUAAAGUAUUUUAUCAUUGUAGUAUGUAUAAUUUGUUGAUAUACUUAUAUACAGAACAUGUCGUAAAAGAAUAUAGUAGUAAUAACAAAAAAAGCUUUUUAAAUGAAGAAUAUGAAUUUUUUAAAAUAUAUGAAAAAAGUAAAAAAUUUUGUAAAUUUUUCAAUUUAAAAAAAUAUAGUUUGGAUGAAAUUCAAAUAAAAGGAAUUGAUAUAUUGGGAUUAAAAGAAGAAAGUUUCAAUCAUAUAAAAAUUUUUGAUAAUAUAAAAAACAAAAAUGAAAAAGAGAAAGAAAUAAUAAUCGAUGAAUCAAAUACAGUAUGGAACAAUGACGAAGAAAAAUCUUUUUACACAAAUUUCCCUGAUUAUUCUAAUUUAAAUAUUUGUUUAAAUGAUGAUGAUUAUGAUGACGAUGAUAUUAAUUUAAGUUAUUCAAAUGAGAAUAUUAUAAAUGACAUGAUUUAUAAUCAACCUAAUAAUAGUAAUAUUUUAAAAAAAGACAGAGAAUUAGAUGAAAAGGUAGAAAAUAAAGUUGCUAAUGACAAUAUUAAAAAGGAAAAAUCAUUUGAGAAAAAAAUUGAACUUAAAAAUAUAAGUAAUAAUGAUAAUAAAAAAAAUGUAAAAAGUGUAGCAUUUGGAAACAGUAAAGAAAAAAAGAAAGAAUUUACUAAUUAUCUUGAAAAAAUAAUUAAUAUGAAUAAUGAAAAGGAUGUAGAAGAUUAUGUAAUGAUAUUUUUAUUAAAUUAUAAUACCAAAAAAAAAAGAAAAAUAAUAGCUAACACCAUUAUUCACAUUAAUAAAAUAAGUUUAAAUUUGAUUCCUUAUUAUUGUAGAUAUGUUGCUAUUAUAAAUAGAUACGUAAAAGAUAUAUAUAUAACUAUUAAUGAAGAAUUAAAAAGAAUUACUGAAAAAAUAAUUAAAGAAAAAUUACCAUGUCAAAAUAAGAAAACUAAAUGUAUCAAAUAUGCAUGUGAAUUAACGAAAUUUAAAUUAUUAGAUUUAUCAUAUAUAUUAGAUAUUAUAAAUUUAUUAAUUGAAAAUUUUACUUCUGAUCAUGCAGAGCUAUGUUUUUUUAUUUUGGAAAAUUGCUCUCUAUUACUAUUAAAUAAUUCUAAGACACAUAUCAGAUUUUUAAAUCUUUUACAAAAAUUAAAAAAAAUUAAGAAUUCAAAAAAUUUAUCAUCCUCAUUAGAAUUAGUUUUUGAAGAAUGUUGUAUAAAAAUUGAUAAUUUCAUUACAAAGAAUAAUAUAACAAAAAAAAAAAUCUCUAAAUACUCUGAUGAAGACUUAAAAAAAAAAUAUUUUCUAAAAAAAUUGUUAUUUCAAGAUAUUGAAACUGUAGAUACAGAAAUUAUAUGUAAGUAUAUAAGAAAAUUUAACUGGAAUGAUAAAUUGAUCACCCAUUGUUUAAAAAAAUAUAUUUUUAAUUAUUUAAUGCAUAUGAGUAUCUAUAAAAUAAAUAAUUUAGCUUCUUUAUUGUUCAACUUAGCUAAGUAUAAACCAUUUUUUGUAACUCAAAUAAUUGAUGAAUUAUAUGAGAGAAUUAUUACUAUACUUGAGAAUAAUGAUUUUAUCAAGUAUACAUUUUUAAUUCAAUAUACUCAUUUAUUCGCAGAGUUAUAUAAUUAUAAAAUAUUAAAUUCUUCUAAUGUUUUUGAUUUGCUAUAUUUUUUAAUAUCAAUCGCAGAUAUUGAUAUAUUUAAUUCUCAUCAUAUUUCUUCUAUUUACAAAGUUUAUAAAGAAAAUAAAACAUUUAUUGAAUCUUUAAAAAGCAAUAUAACAAAUUUAAAUAAAAAAGAAAAUGGGAUAGUAACAGAAUUAGAAAACGAGAAUAAUAAAGUAGAUAAUGAAAAUAAUGAUGAAAAUCAUAGAAAUCAUAAUAAAUUUGAGAAAAAUACAAAUAAUUCUAAUAUCAAUAAAGAAGAAUUUUUUUCUUAUGAUGACUAUAAUGAUAACUUUUAUAAAUUUUUAUUUAUAAAUAAAAGGAAUCCUAUAUUUUAUCAUAUUUUUCAUGAUAUGGAAAAUAAUAGUUUUAUUAAUAUCAAAAUGAUAUGUAUAAUAAUAGAAAGUUGUUCAAGAUAUUUUCAUACCCCUUUAUUAAAUUUUAAGUUAAGUAAAUUUUUUUUAUUUUUUAUUCGAUUUUUAUUGUUACUAGAACCAUUACCUAUGUAUAUUAAAAACAUAACUGACCAUAUUAUUGAGAAGAAUUUUGAGGAAAUGAAAAAUUUGAAUACAAUUAAAGAAAUUGAUAAAUAUUUGUUUAAAAUACUAAAUGCCGAAUACAAAAUACAUUUAAAUCAAAUAAAUAAAAAUAUUAAAUAUUCAGUACGGGAUAGUGAUUUAACAUUUACUAUAGAAAAAUGUAAUAAAACAAAAGAUUCAACAUACAGUAAUAAUGAAUUUAUAAAAACAAAUAAAAAUAUUAGCAACAAUGGGGAAGAAUGUACUAAAAUGAACGAUUUGAUAAAAGAAGAGAAAAAAAAUAGUUUGUCAAUUUAUGAAAAUAAAAAUGAUAAAAAAUAUAACAAUAAGGAGAAAACAGAAAACAAUGGUUCUUUAAUAACAAAAAAUAAAAAAAAGUUGACUAGUUCAUUAGAAAAUUACGAUAUAGAAUAUUUUAAUUCAUCAAGUGAUGAAAAUAAUAGAAAAGUUAAAACAAUGGAAAAUGAAUUAGACGAAGAAAUUAAUGAAAUAAUUAAUGCAUCAAUAAAAGAAAACAGAUUAUCAAAAAGUAAAGAAGUAGAACCUGUAAAUUUUAAGAAUAUUACUAUAUAUAGUAAUUUGUUAAAUAAAAAAAAUAUUCAAAAUAAUCAUAUCAUAAAAAUAGAUCCUGCUUCCAUUAAAAAAAAGGAAAAACAAAAAAAAUAA